AUGGGAUCUCAUUCGAGUCCCAAUCUGAACCUAAAUUCAAAUUUUAGUAAAUCUUUUGAAAAUUCUACAACUCCAUCUAUGUUCAUUCCCGGUGAAAUUAUAGAUAACAGUAUUGAUGAAUGGAAAUUUAGCUUAAUUGGAAGACUCGAUUUCGUUAAAUUGAAGAUGAAAGAAGCAGAAAUCUCUUUACGACAACAAUGGAAACUUAAAGGUAAUCUUCAACUUAUUCCCUUAGGAAAAGGAUUCUUCAUUAUUAAGCUUGAUAACUUUGAAGAUAGAAGCUAUAUAUGGAAAGGUCUUUGGAUUGUGGAAACUCAGCAGCCCAAACUCAGAGCAUGGGAACCUAAUUUCAAUCCAGAGAAUCAGAAAUCGACUUCCGCUUUUGUAUGGGUAAUGUUUCCAGGACUUAGUAUUGAAUACUGGAAGGAGAAUAUCAUACUACAGAUGGGUAAUACACUAGGUAGAGCAAUUAAAGUUGAUGAGACAACAUUGAAGAAAGAAAUUGGUUACUAUGCCAGUGUAUUAAUGGAGAUAUAUUUAGCAAAGUUCAUUCCAAGCAAAAUAGAGGUUAAAACCAAAUAUGGUAGAUUCCAUAUCUUACAAGAUCCUCCAGAAGAAUUUACAGGUACAUUGGAAUCACAUGUGGAAUUUCCUGAACUUUCAGUAGAUAAAAUUUUAGAUUUCUGCUCAAAUGCUCCAUGUAUUACAAAUGUGGUCAAUAUGAAACCUCCCAUUAUUCUUGUUUCAUCAACCUCCCAAGAGUCAGUGGAGCAAGUGAAAGAUAAACAUAUACCAAAAGAAAGAGUUAUAAAGCCUAAUGUGACCACAAGGAAACAAGAAGCUUCCCGUGUAGGGCCUGAGAUCAAAAACAAAGAUGUUGGUGUUAUUGGUAGCAAAAAAGUUCAGGAGCCAAAAAUAAAUGUGAAAAAAGACACUAUCAAGAAGUUGAGGUUAUCUGGAAUGAAGAAUAAAGUAAUUCAUAAUUCAACUGAGACCAAUAAGGGGAAUAUUUGGUUACUAUGGAAUGCAUCUAUCUCUGAUCCAAUUGUUAUAUCAAAUACAAGUCAAGAAAUUACUGUUGAAGUGGGAGGUUCUCUAAUUACAGGUGUUCAUACAGCAAGUUUGACAGUGGACAGAAGAGCAUUGUGGUCAACUCCGGAGGAAAUUAACAAUUUAAAUAAACCAUGGUUAAUAUUAGCUGAUUUUAAUGCAGCCUUGAGUAUUGAAGAAAAGAAAGGUGGAAGAAGCCCACUAAGAACUGCAAUGUUAGAAUUCAAUAGUUGUGUUCACAAUUGUGAAUUAAUACAAGCACCUAAAACUGGAUUGGAGUUUUCCUGGUGUAAUAACAGAGCAGGAUCAAAAAGAAUUGUUUGCAAUUUAGAUAGAGCAUUCUAUAAUACUAAAUGGUUAGAACAAAAUCCUAGUUGGGGAUAUAAAGUAGGAGUGAGAGGUGUCUCUGACCAUGGUUACUUGUGUGGAGCAAAUGCAACAAUUCCAAAACCAUCUAAUACUCCUUUUGUUAGAGCAUAG